AUGCAUUAUGAGGCGCAAGUCCAGUGCAUUAUCAACUUUUGUGCACUUUUUCUAAAGCAGAAGAUCGGGAAGCCUGAGGCGAGAGUGUUGAAGCUGACCCGAGAGCAAUACUUACAGGUUCCAACGUGGUGGUGUCGUAAUGAUACCGUGUGCUGGGAGCGCAUAGUGGACAAGUGGUUCGACCCGGAGUGGCAGGAGAAGCACGAUGAUGGCCGUCAGCGGCAAUUGCUGAUGCCAGGUCCAGCGCACCAUCAAGGUAGCCUCAACAAUGACGAGUACAAGGCUAGAUGGUCGUCCUCACAUCAAGGCCAGGAGUGCACCCCGUUCGUGGGAUGGGCUCUGGCCCGCAAGGGCAAGGCGACAUCCAACGUCACCUACAACCCUGACGAACUGCCCUCGAAGUACAGCAACCCGUCCGUCCACAGUCGUAUCCAGGCGUACACAGAGAUGGGAAGACAGGUCCAUGGGCCAGACUGGGAUCCGAGGACCUAGCCCCUUGAUGGAGAAGUCAUUAUGAUGGCGGGAGGAGGCAAGAAACAUGGGCGCUACUAUAUUGGCGACGGCCUUGUAGACACGGCCAA